CAUGACAGUAUUGGUAUACCUCAACGAGCCAGAAGAAGGUGGUGAGACGGCAUUCCCUUUCGCUGGCAAUAAAACACUUUCAAAAGAGGCUUUGACUCGUGAAGGACACAAAAUGAAUCUAGCCCGACACUGCAAGGACGCUAAUAUCAYUGUAAAACCGAAAAAAGGCAAAGCGAUAAUGUGGUACAACCAUUACAGGGAUUCCAGAUCAGGUUGGCUCGGAAAACUCGACGAAAGGACAUUCCAUGGCGGAUGUGACGUCACUAAAGGAAAUAAAUGGAUCACUAACUUGUGGUUAAAUGUAAUCGGGAAGCCUGGGUCCGAGGACUCGUACAAGGGGUGGUUACAUGGUGGCGAGCAGCCCAAAGUCAAAGAUGAACUAUAAGUUUCCAGACAAGAAAACAUUGCUUUUAUACCACGAUGAAUUUUUUAUAUUGUCCAUGUAUCAUGUUUUUAGAGUUUUAACAAACAAA